AUGUCAGUGAUUGACUUUUUGUCUCACAAAUUUUCAUCAGUCCAUGGGUCCAUACGGCACCUUGGAAAAACCAACGCUAAGUUGAAGUUGGCCAAAGACAGAUUGGCCCACCUUGAAAGUGUGCACGGUUUAAACAUGGCCUACUUUGAAGAACAGUGGCGUCGCAAAAAAAAAUUACAGAGCCAGGCGUUAAGUCAAACCAGUGCCGACUACCUAGAAAAGCUCGGUGAACUGGUAGAGCUUGAAGAAAAGCUGAUUGCAGCUCAGAAAAAGAGGUCAAAGCAAUGUGGUCGUAAGAGACAAGCCAUUCUGGCAUUGCCAAAUACUAUGGUGCAUUUGGAAGAAGCUAUGGAAGAUAUAACUGAAAAAUUAGGACAUGUGGAAUUCAAAGAGCUGACGGGAACCGACGAUGAUCGUGCCAAGCCAUUAGUCAAGAUCCAGGUGGCAAAAGGUCGUCUUGUAGUGGCAAAACGUGGUGUCAUUGAGCAUAGAAGGCGUGCUGGAACAGCACGAGCUGAGAAGGAAGCACGCUACUUAUCAUCGACUAGCACUGGCUUACAAUCAAAAAUUUGCACCAGACGUUUUACUGCCCACGCCAACACUAAAGGAGGUGGAACAGAUGGAAAUCACUGA